AUGGGGCCGCAGGAGACCAGUUCGGUACUCGGUGGCCGUGAGCUCCGACGGGGCCCGCGUGGUGGUGGGGGCCUGAAUGACGACGACCAGGGCACCAAUUCAGGCUCCGCGUACGUGUUCGACUUCACCGAGACAACAACUGAGACGACCACCGCGACGACCACCAAGACGGCCACGACGACCACCGAUACGGGCAUGAGUUCGGACACGUCAAACACCACAGCGACCACCGAGCCAUGGGGAUUAAUUGCAGUCUUCGCUGGUGUCUUGAUCUUGUUCUUGGUCUGCUGCGUCGCGCUGGGAUGCCUGGUGAAGCGCAGACGUGGCAGGAGCCCAAGACUCGAGCGCGGCAUUGACAACGCGGAAGUUAAGGACAACGAGUACAACGAGUCGGAGCAGGUCGCGGAGAUCUAG